AUGUCCCAAAUAACAGACGUCAGUAUACGUGAAGCCAUCACGCAGCGUCUACAAGCCACCCACGUCGAAGUCACCGACAUGUCCGGUGAGUACAAACGCGCCCCUCCCCAGCGACUCCUUUGCACGUCCCGAGUCGACAAUGCCAACUCUCCCCGUUCCAACACACAGGCGGCUGCGGCCAAGCAUUCACAUGCCUCAUCGUCGCCCCCCAGUUCCAAGGCCUCAACUCCCUCAAGCGCCACCGAUUGA